AAUACUCCUUAACCAUGCUCUUCUCUUUUGCAGACUGCUCUGGAAUCCCCAAACUCUUAGGAAAAUGAUACUUGUGUUUAUUUUGAUAUGUACUAUCCACUCAUCUCAAGGCCUCAUCUGGGCUUGGAGAAAGCUUCCAUGUGAUGUGACACUGUCCAACAUCUCUGUCAUCUUGGACUGUUCAGGAAGAUCUUUGAAAAGAAUUCCGAAAAACCUGAUCUGGAAUACAACUGAACUAGACUUUGCGGACAAUAAAAUAGAAUACCUUCCGAAGGACGCCUUCUGGAAUCUGUCUAAUGUUACACAGAUAAACCUCAGAAAGAAUCAGAUUGAAAAAUGCCUUGAAAAAGACAAUGGGGUUUUUUCAAGAUUGGUUAAUCUUGAGACUUUGCUUCUUGAUGAUAAUAAGAUGACAGCAUUUCCAAGAGACCUCCCUCCUGGACUGCGAAAGCUGAGCCUCAGUUCCAACAAUAUCAAAACAAUUGGACCAUCAGAUUUUGCAGGAACAAAGAAACUCAAAAUUUUGAGAUUAAAUAAGAACUGCUAUCAUAAUGUCAGUUUAGAACUGACAAUUCACAAUGAAACAUUUCAACAUUUAAACUUAACUGAUUUAGAGCUGUCUAAAAAUGGACUACGAAAAAUACCGUUUUCUUUACCCAGAUCCCUCUGCCAACUUUCACUUCUCCUAAAUAGGAUUGACUCUGUUCAUGCCUAUGACCUGAACAGCCUAACAAACCUAAGAAUUCUUGACUUAUCAGGAAACUGUCCUUUUUGUUUCACCGCUCCAUUUCCAUGCACUACCUGUCAGACAAAGAAUAAUGCACUACAGAUUCAUCCAGAUGCUUUUAGUAAACUAUCCAAACUACAAGACCUACGCCUGUCUGGAAACUCUUUACGAACGAUCAACCCAUCAUGGUUCCGGAACCUUCCUAGGUUAAAGUAUUUGUAUCUUUCCUUCAACUCAUUGAUAAGUGAAUUUGAAAGCGGACAAUUCUUCAGUGUCCUACCAAAGGUGGAAGUUAUAGACUUCUCAUACAAUAAUCCAUCUCAAACAUUUAACCAAAGACUGAAACUCUCAAAAGGUUUUGCUAGUUUGGAAUCACUACAAACACUUCACCUAGAAGGUUAUAUAUUCCAUAAACUCUGUGAGGAAGAUCUCCAACCUCUUUUUGGUUUGAGAAACCUCUCCGUUUUAAACCUGGGAGUCAACUUUGUCCAACACGUCAAUCUAUCAGUGUUCAGAAACUUUCGCAACCUGUCUUUGAUUUCGUUAAUUGACAACAGGCUAACAUUCACAAAUCCUUUUCGGAGAGAGGAGUGCGGAAGUAACAUUCUUUCUGAUGACAAUGAAGGAAAUCACCGUGAAGGUCCUUACAUUCACACAAAUGAACAAUUCCGCCAUUACCCUCCAUUUACCAAAGCCGAAUGCCUGGCAACAGGAGCAGUUCUGGACCUCAGCAGGAACAACAUUUACCAUGUCAAUCCAAGUAUCUUCACGGGAGCAGAGAACAUCGCUUGCCUCAAUCUUUCCUCCAACUUCAUUGUUUCAUAUUUCAACGGUACAGAGUUUGCUCACUUUCCCAAGCUAAAGUACCUUGACUUGUCUCACAACAGAGUCUACAUGCGUUCAGAUUCUGCCUUGAAUGAACUGAAUGAAUUGGAAGUUUUGGAUUUAAGUCACAACAAACAUUACUUUGAGGUGGCGGGUGUCAGGAACAGUCUGGCAUUCAUGGAAAACCUUCCGUUCCUCAAAGUGCUCAAUCUCAGUUGGAAUGAGAUCAAUUCGCUGACCAACAAGACUCUGAAGAGCGACUCGCUGAAGGAACUGCAGUUUCAAGCCAAUCGACUGGAUAUAAUGUGGAAGAAGAACCGUGGAUUCAAAGGUCUUUUUAAGUCUCUCACAAACCUAACACAACUUGAUAUAUCACUUAACAAGCUUAGUGAAAUACCAGAUGAUAUAUUCAGCUAUUUUCCAAGGACGCUAAAAUAUCUUAGCCUGAGCAGAAACACGCUUGCCAAUUUUGAGUGGGACCAGCUCAAAUACUUACCCCAGUUGGAGACUCUGGAUCUAAGUAAGAACAGACUGAGUAAAGUCGCUAGAAAACUAUCACAGCAUACAACCUCGUUGAAGGUCUUAGACUUAAGCCAUAAUCUGAUCUUCAAGUUGCAUCACAGCUUCCUCAAAGAUGUCAAAAGCCUCCAAAUCCUCAGUCUUGCUUUCAACCGUUUGCAGCACAUCAGCGACGCAUCCUUCCAGACAGGUAACGAUCAUUACCUACGCAUGCUGAACCUGCAGAGGAACCCUAUCCACUGCACCUGUGACCUUCUGGACCUCAUUCUCUGGUUACAAAAAAGUGAGACAGACCUUCCUCAUCUAGCAACGGACGUCUUGUGUGAUCUUCCAGAAUCAAAAAGGGGGCAUCCGAUGGUCAGUCUGGAUUUUGAAAAUGCCUGCAUCAAUAAUGGUAUUGCUCAAAUCCUAUACGUACUCACCUCAUCCAUCAUCACAGUCAUGAUGUCUACAACUGUCGUGAUACAUGUGUUCUACUGGGACAUAUCGUACAUUUAUAACUUCUGGAGAGCAAAAAUAAAAAAUUACUACUUGAAAACGAAUCAUUGCACCUAUGAUGCUUUUGUUAUGUACGACACCAAGGAUCCAAUGGUGGCGGAAUGGGUACUGAACCACUUGCGUUUCGAACUGGAAGACAGAGGAAAGCGUGUUCGUCCGCUCUGUCUGGCAGAAAGAGAUUGGACUCCGGGUACGCCGAUCAUGGAUAAUCUGAACCAGAGCGUAAACCAAAGUAGGAAGACGAUAUUUGUGUUGACGGAGGGAUUUGUUCACAGUGGGAUUUUCAAGACGGCGGCUUUCCUAGCGCAACAAAGGCUGCUCGAAGAGGGCGUGGAUGUGAUGGUGUUGGUCUUGUUGGAGCCAGUUCUUCGGCGGUCGAGAAUUCUAAACUUGCGACGCUGCCUGUGUGGACAAAGCGUGCUAGAGUGGCCCAGAAACCCAGCGGCAGAAGGCUAUUUCUGGCAGAGUCUGAGAAACGCAGUAAGGUUUGACAAUCAAGGUGUGCAAAGCAAAUUGUUUGCUAAUUACUUCAGCGGACGAUGAACUGGUACAAAAUGAGUAGUUUUGGUUGAAAUACUUACGCCGUUGGACUGUUUGUGAUUACAGUGCUUGAGAAUGUUUUACAUUUAUUUGUAUUUGCAAAUGUAUUGUUAAAAAUGUAUACAUUAUUAAGACUUGUAUGGCUUAAUAUAACGUAAAUUAUGACUCUCACUGAAAUUCAUGUAGUAAAAAAACAUAUCAAUGAUGUGAAAUGGUUGCACUUAGUGAGCUACUGGCACUACCUGUUGCUAUUUUUUAAUGCAACACAACUCAGAAAAUAAAAUACUGAUAUGAUUAUCAGUGAACACAGUACAUACAGUGAAGACUUGACUGAAAAUUACAACCAAAAGCAGCACAAUGUGGAAUUGUUUCAGUAUUUUAUUUUCCGAGUUGUGUAUUCCGAGUUGUGUUGUGGUAAAAAUAUCAACAGGUAGUGCCAGUAAUUCACAGAGUGCAACCAUUUCACGUCAUCGAAAUAAUGGCGCCUCCCAUAGUCCAAAAUAUGUAUACAACAAUGUGGAUUUUUAAAAUAACAUAAAUCUUUCAUGUUUUUUUUUUACUACAUAUUAAGUAAGAAACAUAAUUUACAUUAUAUUAAGUCAUACAAGCCUUAAUAUCCAGGGUUUGAUUUAAGGUAAGAAGUUACUUAAAAAUCUAUAUAAUACAUUGUUAAGGAAAGCAAGUUUUUUUUGUGUUAUUUUUUUCUCACUGUCAACUGUCUAAAACACUCUUUUAGAGCAGAAAUAGGUUGAAAGUAAACUUUUCUGCCAUCAGUGUGAAACACACUCUCUAAAACUAAAUGACCCAACAACCAUCUUAAAUGCAUCACACUAAUGCAACAAGAAAUACUAAUUUCUAAGUUUUUAUCCCUUGAAACCAAAGUGCCAAGAGUUUUUCGCCAUUCUGUCUGUAAAGAAGACCUUCCCCACCAGUGCCGUCACUUAAACGAAUUUUAUCAACAACUUCCCAAUGGUGCAAUCAAAGUCAUAUUUGUACAGGAAAAACUCUGAUGUACUUUAUCACUCUGGAGAGCUGUACAGCAUGGUGACAGAUUUUUAUCAGUGCCUUUGGUGGACUCACAUAGUUACGAUACACAAACACACAGUUACUCCAGCUCUCUACGUCCUUCCCUUUUUCAUCUUUUAUUCAUCAUGAAACCAGUGAUGAAAAAUUCAUGACUCCAGGCAAUGAAAUGAAUGCAAAAUGAAAACUGUGGGCGUAUAAAAAUAGGGUGAGAGAAAGAAUGUCUCUAUCUAGGGUGACGCUGGCACAAGGUCCGGAUCACGGCGAGGGCAGUGGGUUCUGGAAAACAACUCUCUGCUAACUCUUUCUAUGUUAAUAAAGUAGAUGAACUUGUGAUGGACUUGUUUCAUUUUGAGCACUACAAGAACCUGGGCAACUACACUGAACAAUAUUGUACAGUAUGAUGGAGCUUAACUGCCCAAACAUCAAACAACUACUGAAGUACUAUUGUUACUUAAAUGAAGGAAGCGUAAAGUGCCUUCACGUUACUGCAUAAAAAAAAAAAAAAACAAUAGAGGGUUUGCA